CGGCCCCGCCCCUUGCUCCCCCGCCGGCGGCGCGGCCGGCGCUCCCCCUUCCUCCCUCUCCUUCCCUCUCGCAGCAAUGGCGGCGACGGAGCAGGAGCAGUUCUACGCCCUCCUCGGCAACCUGCUCAGCCCGGACAAUGCGGUCCGCAAGCAGGCCGAGGAGACCUACGAGACUAUUCCAGGCCCAUCAAAGAUCACUUACCUCCUGCAGGCAAUCAGGAACAAUGCUACUCCCGAGGAGGCUCGGCAGAUGGCAGCUGUCCUUCUGCGCCGCCUGUUGUCAUCUGCAUUUGAAGAAGUUUAUCCAGCUCUGUCACCUGAGGAUCAGGCAUCAGUCAAGAGUGAAUUGCUGCUCUUUAUCCAGUUAGAAGUGCAGUCCACUAUGAGGAAGAAAAUAUGUGACAUAGUCGCUGAAUUGGCCAGGAAUUUAAUAGAUGAAGAUGGCAAUAACCAGUGGCCAGAAGUUCUGAAAUUCUUAUUUGACUCUGUCAGCUCUCAGAAUGUGGGGCUGCGUGAGGCUGCUCUACAUAUUUUCUGGAAUUUUCCUGGGAUUUUUGGGAAUCAACAGCAGCACUAUUUGGAUGUCAUUAAGAGAAUGCUGGUUCAGUGUAUGCAAGAUCAGGAACAUCCCUCAAUCAAGACUUUGUCUGCUAGAGCUGCAGCUGCGUUUGUGCUUGCUAAUGAGCUCAAUGCUCCCCUUCUUAAACAUUUUGCAGACUUGCUACCUGGAAUCUUGCAGGCUCUAAAUGAUUCGUGCUACCAAAAUGAUGAUUCUGUUCUGAAAUCCCUUGUAGAAAUUGCAGAUUCUGUUCCCAAAUAUUUACGACCACAUUUAGAAGCUACUUUGCAGCUAACUCUGAAGCUGUGUGCAGAUGCCAGUCUCAGUAACAUGCAGCGUCAGUUGGCACUCGAAGUAAUUGUGGCCUUGUCAGAAACUGCUGCUGCUAUGCUGAGGAGGCAUACAAAUAUUAUUGCACAAGCCAUUCCUCAGAUGUUAGCAAUGAUGGUUGACUUGGAAGAAGAUGAAGAUUGGGCAAAUGCAGAUGAACUUGCUGAUGAUGAUUUUGACAGCAAUGCGGUGGCUGGUGAGAGUGCGCUGGACAGGAUGGCAUGUGGCCUUGGAGGGAAACUUGUUUUGCCUAUGAUUAAAGAACAUAUUAUGCAAAUGCUUCAGAAUCCUGACUGGAAGUACAGGCAUGCUGGCUUGAUGGCACUCUCUGCCAUUGGAGAAGGUUGCCACCAACAGAUGGAGGGAAUUUUAAAUGAAAUAGUUAAUUUUGUUUUGCUAUUCCUUCAGGAUCCUCAUCCCAGAGUAAGAUAUGCCGCUUGUAACGCUGUUGGACAAAUGGCUACUGACUUUGCACCCGGAUUUCAAAAGAAAUUUCAUGAGAAGGUGAUAGGAGCUCUUCUACAAACCAUGGAGGAUCAAGGCAGCCAGCGUGUUCAAGCCCAUGCAGCUGCAGCACUCAUAAACUUCACUGAAGAUUGUCCCAAGUCACUGCUUAUUCCAUAUUUGGAUAAUCUAGUGAAGCAUCUUCAUUCCAUUAUGGUGAUAAAAUUGCAAGAGUUGAUACAGAAAGGCACUAAGCUAGUUCUGGAGCAAGUUGUGACUUCAAUCGCAUCAGUUGCAGAUACAGUGGAGGAGAAGUUUGUUCCCUACUAUGAUUUAUUUAUGCCCUCCUUAAAACACAUUGUUGAAAAUGCUGUUCAGAAGGAAUUGAGACUUUUGCGAGGAAAGACUAUUGAAUGCAUCAGUCUAAUUGGUCUUGCUGUUGGCAAAGAAAAGUUUAUGCAGGAUGCAUCAGAUGUUAUGCAGCUAUUAUUGAAGACACAAACAGACUUCAGUGAUCUAGAAGAUGAUGAUCCACAGAUUUCUUACAUGAUCUCUGCAUGGGCCAGAAUGUGUAAAAUUCUUGGAAAGGAAUUUCAGCAGUACCUUCCUGUUGUCAUGGGACCUUUAAUGAAGACCGCAUCCAUUAAACCUGAAGUAGCUCUUUUAGACACACAAGAUAUGGAGAAUAUGAGCGAUGAUGAUGGUUGGGAAUUUGUAAGCAUAGGUGAUCAGCAGAGUUUUGGAAUUAAAACUGCAGGCCUUGAAGAAAAAGCAACUGCAUGCCAAAUGCUGGUUUGCUAUGCAAAAGAGCUGAAAGAAGGAUUUGUGGAAUACACGGAGCAAGUUGUAAAGCUGAUGGUUCCAUUGUUGAAAUUCUAUUUCCAUGAUGGUGUCCGAGUGGCAGCCGCAGAGUCGAUGCCCCUCCUGCUUGAAUGUGCCAGAGUUCGUGGGCCGGAGUACCUCACGCAGAUGUGGCACUUCAUGUGUGAUGCUCUCAUCAAAGCCAUUGGGACAGAGCCAGAGUCUGAUGUCCUCUCAGAAAUAAUGCAUUCUUUUGCAAAGUGCAUUGAGGUAAUGGGAGAUGGAUGCCUUAACAACGAACACUUUGAAGAACUUGGAGGAAUACUGAAAGAAAAACUAGAAGAGCACUUUAAAAAUCAAGAAUUAAGACAGGUGAAAAGACAAGAUGAAGACUAUGAUGAGCAAGUUGAAGAGUCAUUACAAGAUGAAGAUGACAGUGAUGUUUAUAUUUUGACUAAAGUGUCGGAUAUUUUGCACUCAAUAUUCAGUAGUUACAAGGAGAAGGUACUGCCAUGGUUUGAAAGGUUACUUCCACUAAUUGUCAACCUAAUUUGUCCGCACCGGCCGUGGCCAGACCGGCAGUGGGGGCUGUGCAUUUUUGACGAUGUGGUGGAGCAUUGCAGCCCCGCCUCCUUCAAGUACGCCGAGUACUUCCUGCGGCCCAUGCUGGAGGCGGUGUGUGACAAUAGCCCCGAGGUGCGGCAGGCGGCUGCCUACGGAGUGGGAGUGAUAGCGCAGUUCGGCGGGGACAGCUACCGGCCCGUCUGCCCAGAGGCGCUUCCAUUGCUGGUGAGAGUCAUUCAGUCACCAGAUGCCAAAGCCAAAGAGAAUAUCAAUGCAACAGAAAACUGCAUUUCAGCAAUAGGAAAGAUAAUGAAGUUCAAGCCUGACUGUAUAAAUGUUGAAGAAGUCCUUCCACACUGGUUAUCAUGGCUUCCACUUCAUGAAGACAAAGAAGAAGCUGUUCAUACUUUCAAUUAUCUGUGUGACUUACUUGAGAGCAAUAACCCAAUUGUCCUCGGUCCCAACAAUUCCAACCUUCCCAGAAUACUGGGUAUAAUUGCAGAUGGUGAAAUCCACGAAGCUAUCAAGCGCGAAGAUCCAUGUACCAAGCGGCUGGCUAACGUUGUUCGCCAAGUGCAGACUUCCGGAGGACUGUGGACAGAAUGCAUAUCACAGCUCAAUGCAGAUCAACAGGCAGCCAUACAGGAGCUCCUGAACUCUGCUUGAAGGGCCUUAAUUAUCAUCUGCAAGAAAACUAACUCCAAAUAAACGUUUACCCUAUUGUUUAGGUUUCUUUUGUUUCUUUUCUGAGUAAAACCAGAACUGUAGUGCGUGUAGGCCAUUCUUCUGCAACCUCCAGGCAGUGGCAGCAGGAAGAAGCAUUCUUUCAGAACGGUGUUUAAAUCGGUUUCUAUCCCACAACAUGAAAGAAGUCUCCUGUAAACCCUACAAUAGCACUGAAGAGUAUUUUUCUAACGGUAUCAGCCAUCCAUACGAUGGUGAAAGGGAAACAAGUUGAAUUUUCUCAUUAGACAUAAGACCUUCAGCAGUAGAUGUACGUUAUAACAGAUAAACGUUUCUCUACAUCUAGUGUUAAUUGUAUGAAUUGGAGUGUGAGUCUUUGUAGGGUAGAAAGUGUCCUUCUGCCCAACAAGGUAGUAGAUCAAAAGAUGAAAAACUGAAGACAAACAUCGAGCAUGAAGACCUCAUUGAUCGCACUUUCGAUUCCCAAAAACAACUUGUACAGUGACUCAAUGAGGAAAGCUGUUCAGCUUCCAGCCCUUGAAUGUGAAGUCUCUUUGGCAUGUCUGACAGUAUCUCAUUCACUCCUCAAUAAAUGACAUUGAAACACAAGAA